AUGAUUUCUCCCAAUUCAACAAAGUCAGGUACUACUCAUGUUCUUUCAUGCUAUGGAGCUACUCGAGGCAGCAGAACAUUAUGCCACACGGAGAUGGGGAUGGCCAUGCCCGCGCUGAUGCCGUCGAUCGUCGGUGAGAGCAUCACCGUCAACAACGGCUCCAGCAACCUCUCCAGGAGCUCCUCGGGCGACACCAACUCCAACAUCAUGUUCUUCACGCCCAGAAGCAAAAAAGCGAAGGUGCUCAUCGACAGCGACGACGGCAUGGUCACCAGCCUCAGCAAAAUCGAAUCCCAAUUUGGCAUGUCAACCACGUCUUUAGACAUGUCCGGCAUGGACGACUAUCUGCAGCUGCAGCAAUACUUCAUCGCAUGCACAGUCCGCACCAAGCGUGGCUGCGCCACUCACCCGCGAAGCAUCGCUGAGAGGAUUAGAAAGAAGAGCAAGGAAUAG